AUGUCCUCCACCGUCCUUGACCGCACCUGGAUCUGGCACCCUUCCUUCCAAGAAACCAGACAAGACACCGCCGGCCUCUUCGUGCACUUCCGGCGGACAAUCAACAUCCCAUCAUCCCCUCUACCAGAUACCCUCCCCAUCCACAUCACCGCCGACACUCGCUACAGACUCUACGUCAAUGGGUCAUUCGUCGCAUUCGGCCCCGUCAAAGGCGACCAGCACAUGUGGUUCUACGACGAGGUCGACAUCGCCCCGUACCUGAAGCCAGGGGAGAACCUCAUUGCCGUGGUUGUUCUGCGCUUCUUUUAUGCCACGCAGUACGCGCCGAGUCUUGCUCGUCUCCCGUCUGGUGGAUUACGUAUUGUGGUUCCGGACCAUGCAGGCCAGGACUGGGUGAAGAAGUUGCAUAGCAGCGCGGAGUGGGAGACGGCUGUUGAUCACUGGACUACACUGCGGGUUGAUGAGCCCGAGGAUCGAUUCCUGCAUGUUUAUGAGAGGCUGUCUGGGGGUGGGGAGUUGGAGUGGGAAUGGGAAUCGGCCAAGGAGCUGGAGUUUAGAGUCUCGACGGGGAACUCGACGCCGUGGCAUUUGUGCCCGCGGAUGAUACCGGAGAUGAGGGUUGAGAAGACCACGUUCUGCGCUAUCCAUAACCUCAAGGGCGGUAUUGAGAAGGAUGAUUGGGAGGCCGCUCUCCUCGGACAAGGUCCGCUCUGCCUACCGCCGGAAUCGGUGCACCAGCUGGACUUGGAGUUUGAAUCUUACACUACCGCGUUUGUGGGACUUGUCUUUGGGAGUCAGGCCGAGGGGGAGAAAGAGAGUACCCUGACCCUGACAUACGCGGAGAGCUAUGAGGAUAAGCCCGUUGACGUCCCGGAUAUCAGACGCAAGGGAAUGCGCCGGGACUGCACAAAGUCACUCUACGGGCCGAAAGACAUCUACGAGAUGAAGGGAAUAAGUGUGCAAGAUUCCUGCUGGUAUAACCCUGACUCUGAAUCGAGGACCGUGAUACGGCCGUUCCACUGGCGCUCGUUCCGGUUCAUGCGGCUACGCAUCGAAGUUGGAAGUCAUUCUCUGGCCCUGCACAGACUAACCAUCGACAAGGUCAACUACCCACUGGACGUGCUGGCAGAGAUUGAUGUUAACUUCGACGACAGCGACACUGAUUCCAGCUCCGAUGAGGCAAACCAAGCGCAGGCACUGUUCACGACCAGUAUCCGGACCCUCCUCAACUGCAUGCACGACAGCUACGAAGACUGUCCGUUCUACGAGCAGCUGCAGUACGCGAUGGACGUGCGGAGCUCCGCACUGUUUACCUACUACCUCUCCGGCGACGACCGCCUGGCGCGCCAGGCCAUCGUGCAGCUGCGGAACUCGUUCCAGGCCAGGAUCGGGCUUACCCUCAGUCGCUCGCCGACACAUCGCCCGCAGGUCAUCCCGCAUUUCUCGCUGUUCUGGGUGCUUACCGUGUAUGACCACCUGUUGUUCUUUGGUGAUAGACUCUUCACGAAGCAAUGUGUUCCUAUUGUUGAGUCGGUGCUUGCGUUCUUUGAGGACGCCGUGGAUCCGGAACUUGGCCUUGUGAGGCUGUAUGACGGGCCGGGGGUAUGGAACUUCAUUGACUGGGUCCCGCAGUGGAAACCACACGGUGUGAAUCCUGUUGUCUCGGAGAGCGGUGUUUCAACGUACACGAAUAACUUGUAUGCGUAUACGCUGGCUCGUGUAGCGGAGAUCAUGGAGACACUGGGUCUUCCGCACCGCGCCGAAGAGAAUACUGCGAAGGCCAGAGCUAUCAUCCAAGCAAUCCGAAAGCAGUGCUUCAACGGCGAGUUCUUCACCGACACCAUCACCGCUGCAACUGCUGCAACCGCACCGCUGAGCCAACACGCCCAAGUCUGGUCCGUCCUCAGCGGCGCCGCAACGGGCCCUCUAGCCGUGGAUAUCCUCCGCAGGAGCUUGGCCAAGGAUAAUGACAAUCCCUUCAUCCAAACCUCCACAGCAAUGUCCUUCUACACGGCCAGAGCACUCAGCCUUGUCUCUCCAACCUCGAACUCCGAUGACCUGUACACCACCACCUUCAACCCCUUCUGGACCCCCUGGCUCACCCAGCUGAACCUAGACCUAACAACCUGGCGCGAGGACGCGGUCUCCGAGCGCUCGGACUGCCACGCAUGGGGCUGCGUCCCGAUCUACGAGUUUCUCGCUGAAGUCGCGGGCCUUAGACCCUUGGAGCCGGGGUGGAAGGUCAUCUGCUUUGCGCCGCGGGUGGGAUUGUAUAACUCGUUUAGGGCAAGGGUGCCGUUUUAUACGGAGGGGGGAGUGGGGAUUGCGGGCGUUGAGUGGAUGGCUGGGGAGGGGGGGAUUCAGCUUACCCUGGGAUUUACGUGGGCUGAAAGACAGAAGGAGAGGGAAAUGGCGAGGGGUGCGAGGCCGGUCGUGUCGGUUGUGGUUCGGUUGCCCGGGCGUGAGGAUGUUAGGGUUGAUGGGGUUUCGGAGGUGAGGGUUACUGUGUAG